AAAGCAAUCAUCUUGCUUUUUUCUAAUAUUUCAACGACACUUUCAACCAAAACUUGUUGGUCUUGUUGUUGUUGUUAUGUUCUCUAUGUUUUGUUUACAUUGCUUCUCUCUUCUCUUCUCUUUAGAUCUCUUUCUUUAAAGUCUAGUCCUUUGGAUUCUGAUUCGAUAUCUUCUGCUUGGUUUUAUCACUUUCUUUAGAAUCUUAGUCUUUCUUCUGAUCUGGGUUUUCCUCUCUCUGUUAACUUUAACAGAAACUCGUGAGUGUAGAUCAGUUGAAACCUCAAUAAAUAUUAGAAAAGAGAAACCCUUUUAUGUUUUGUCUCAUUCUGAGAAAUGGGUUCACAGAUUGUUUAAGAUGGAUUGAAAAGAAACAACCUUUUCACCUGCAGGUUUCUUGUCUAGUUGCUUGAGGCUUUUUGGUUUGGUAGAGAAUUGGAUUAGAGUUAUGAGAAGAGGUAGAGGGAAAGGCAAGAGGCACAAUGCUACUGCUAGAGAAGAUCUUGGAAGCCGUGAAGAAGAAGAAGAAGAAAAGAUUCCAGCUUACAAGAGAAGAGGGAGGCCACAGAAGCCAAUGAAAGAUGAAACUGAAGGAGAAGAAGAGAUCUUGGAGAAGGAAGAAGAGACAAAUGGUUCAGUAACAAGUAAAGACGAUGUGACAGAGAAUGGGAAGAAGAGGAAGAAAGCAGUAGAGUCUAAAGAGAGUAAUGUAACCGAAGAGGAAAAUGGGUUAGGUUCAAAAUCAAGCACAGAUGAUUCAGUGAAGUCAUCACUGUCUAUAGGGUUUAGACAAGUUGGGAGCAGAAGGAAGAACAAACCAAGACGAGCUGCAGAAGCUGUUGUUGAAUGUCAUGGUUUUUGAAAAAGAGGUUCUUAUAACGCUUUUGAAACCGCUUUUUUUUUUUUUGUCUCUUGAUGACCACUUUUGUUGCUAGGACCCGAGUUUGAUGCGGAUGCGUUUUAGUUUCAUACAUGGGAUCAGAAUUUUUGAUUA